AGAGAGAGAGAGAGAGAGAGGAAGAGGAGAUGAUAAGCAUGGAAGGAGAGGUAAAACUCAAUAUCCCUGCAGAGAAAGCAUGGGAAAUGUACAGAGACAAUGAGAUCAUUAGCAAAAUAAACCCUGAAAUGCUUACAAGUGCUGAAUACAUUGAGGGCGACGGUCACCCGGGAAGUUUCAUACUCUUCAAACUCGGUUCUGCUGUGCGCAACUAUGUAAAGGAAUCAGUGGAGAAGAUAGAGAAGGUAGAGAACGGUUGGUCUGUGACCUACUGCGUCAUCGGAGGUGAACUGCAGAAAAUGUACGAUCCAUACAUUGUCACCUUCUCAUUCCUUCCUGCCCAAGAAAAAGGAAAAGACGAAGAGAUGUGCAUUGCAAAAUGGCAAGUUGAGUACGAGACACUGAUCCCAACAACUCCCCCACCAGAGAAGGCAAGAGAUGCUGCUCUUGCAUUUCUCAUGUGGUUUGAUAGGUUUGCUUCAGCCUAAAAAAAUGGAGAGAGACUUUGGUGCAGUGAGUUGUAUGCUUCUUUGUCGGUAUUUCUUUCUUAAUAUUACACAUCAAAUGAGGGGACAGAUAGACGCAAAGCGUGUACCAGACUCUGUUGCAUUAGUUUUCUUUGUUUUCACAAAUGGGAACAAGAUGGUCCAAUAAUGUUGAUGUCGUAACGAAAACAAAAAUAAACAUUGUGUUUGGCAUUGAGGUUUGUACAUUUUGGUGGCGUUUUAUGGUUUUAAUCCCUAACCCCUUUUUUAUUAUUAUUUUUUUCCAAAUUGAUUUAUUAACUUUUAAAAUCAAAGAGAAAAAUAGUGGUAUCAGUUACAAAAGUUGGCAUAAAGAGUCAUAUGUCAGGCGCUUUAUGACUUUUUGAAGAACAUUUCGGUCCUAGAAAUUGGGUUUUAUCCCCCCAGUUUCCGGCUACUCUCUAUCUUUUUUUUUUUUUUUUUUUUUCCUACCUGGAAUUUUAAAAAUAUUCGAGAGAAAUAGGUGGUAGCUAGUAAUUCAAAUUCUUUGACUAAAAUA